UUAAGUCUUCAGAAGGAGACAAAUAACAAAAUGAACAAUCCUGCUAUUAAGAGAAUAACAAAUGAAAUUAUCAAAUCGCCUGAGGAUAAACGAGAAUAUCGUGGACUGGAAUUGGCAAAUGGCAUUAAAGCACUUCUCAUUAGUGACCCCACCACGGAUAAGUCUUCAGCAGCACUCGAUGUGCACAUAGGGUCUUUGUCUGAUCCGCCCAACAUUGCUGGACUUAGUCAUUUUUGUGAGCAUAUGCUGUUUCUGGGAACCAAGAAAUACCCAAAAGAGAAUGAAUAUAGUCAAUUUCUCAGUGAACAUGCAGGGAGCUCCAAUGCUUUCACCAGUGGAGAGCAUACAAACUAUUACUUCGAUGUGUCACACGAACAUCUAGAAGGUGCACUAGACAGAUUUGCCCAGUUUUUCCUGUGCCCUUUGUUUGAUGAAAGCUGCAAAGAUAGGGAAGUGAAUGCUGUUGAUUCUGAGCAUGAAAAGAAUCUGAUGAAUGAUGCCUGGAGGUUGUUUCAAUUGGAGAAGGCUACCGGAAACCCCAAUCAUCCUUUCAGUAAAUUUGGAACAGGGAACAAGCUUACUCUGGAAACUAGACCAACCAAAGAAGGAAUAGAUGUAAGACAAGAGUUACUGAAGUUUCAUUCUACUUACUAUUCAUCAAAUUUAAUGGCUAUUUGUGUCUUAGGAAGAGAAUCCUUGGAUGAGCUGACUUCCCUAGUGGUGAAGUUAUUUUCAGAAGUGGAGAAUAAAAACGUCCCUAUUCCAGAAUUUCCGGAACAUCCUUUCCAAGAAGAACAUCUCAGGCAACUUUACAAAGUGGUACCUAUUAAGGACAUCAGAAAUCUUUAUGUCACAUUUCCUAUACCAGACCUUCAGAAAUACUAUAAAUCAAAUCCUGGCCAUUACCUUGGUCAUCUGAUUGGGCAUGAAGGCCCAGGGAGUCUUCUGUCAGAGCUUAAAGCCAAAGGAUGGGUGUAUACUCUUGUUGGAGGACAGAAGGAAGGUGCUAGAGGUUUCAUGUUUUUCAUUAUAAAUGUGGACUUGACAGAGGAAGGACUUUUGCAUGUUGAAGAUAUUAUUUUGCACAUGUUUCAAUAUAUUCAAAAACUACGUACAGAAGGACCUCAAGAAUGGGUUUUCCAAGAGUGCAAGGAUCUAAAUGCUGUGGCAUUCAGAUUUAAAGAUAAAGAACGACCACGAGGUUAUACAUCAAAGCUUGGAGGAAUGUUGCACUAUUAUCCUAUAGAAGAAGUAUUGGCUGCUGAAUAUUUGCUUGAAGAAUUCAGGCCUGAUUUAAUAGAGAUGGUAUUGGAUAAACUGAGACCAGAAAACAUUCGCGUUGCAAUAGUGUCCAAGUCUUUUGAAGGAAAAACUGAUCGAACUGAAGACUGGUAUGGAACGCAAUACAAGCAAGAAGCAAUUUCUGAUGAAGUUAUUAAGAAAUGGCAAAAUGCUGACUUGAAUGGAAAAUUCAAGCUUCCAAUGAAGAAUGAGUUCAUUCCUACUAACUUUGAGAUUUUACCAUUGGAAAAAGAUGCAACUCAGUACCCUGCCCUUGUCAAGGACACUGCUAUGAGCAAACUGUGGUUCAAGCAAGAUGACAAAUUUUUUUUGCCAAAGGCUUGUCUCAACUUUGAGUUUUUCAGUCGCUACAUUUAUGCUGAUCCUCUCCAUUGCAACAUGACAUACCUGUUUAUCAGGUUGUUGAAGGAUGAUUUAAAAGAGUAUACAUAUGCAGCACGCCUCUCAGGUUUGGUCUAUGGCAUUGCAUCAGGAAUGAAUGCAAUACUUCUUUCUGUGAAAGGUUAUAAUGACAAGCAACAUAUCUUGCUCAAGAAGAUCAUUGAGAAAAUGGCUACUUUUGAGAUUGAUGAAAAAAGAUUUGAAAUUAUCAAGGAAGCGUACAUGAGAUCACUUAACAACUUCAGGGCUGAACAGCCUCACCAGCAUGCAAUGUAUUAUCUGCGACUCCUGAUGACAGAAGUUGCUUGGACCAAAGAUGAAUUAAAAGAAGCUCUUGAUGAUGUCACUCUUCCUCGCCUCAAGGCCUUUAUAUCUCAACUGUUGUCACGGUUACAUAUUGAAGCUCUUCUCCAUGGCAAUAUAACUAAACAGGUUGGUGUGAUACUUUCUUUAAUAACACAAUUUUUAUUUAAAAGUAGCAUUAGAAAUGAAAGGCUAGUUUAACCUUCUCAGAUCUUAAAGCAGCUUUGUCAGUGGGGAUGGUUUGUGUAUCAACAGAGAAAUGAAGUACAUAACAAUUGUGGCAUUGAAAUAUAUUACCAGACAGAUAUGCAGAGCACUUCUGAGAAUAUGUUUUUGGAGCUCUUUUGUCAAAUUAUCUCAGAACCAUGCUUCAAUACUCUGCGCACUAAGGAACAAUUAGGUUACAUUGUGUUCAGUGGUCCACGUCGGGCAAACGGCAUACAGGGUCUGCGAUUUAUUAUCCAAUCUGAAAAGCCCCCACAUUAUUUAGAAAGCAGAGUUGAAGCAUUCUUAAAGACUAUGGAGAAAUGUAUAGAAGAUAUGACAGAAGAGGCCUUCCAAAAACACAUCCAAGCUUUAGCAAUUCGUCGUCUAGACAAACCAAAGAAGCUGUCUGCAGAAUGUGCUAAAUACUGGGGAGAAAUAAUUUCUCAGCAGUAUAACUUUGACAGAGAUAACAUUGAAGUGGCGUAUCUCAAGACCCUGACCAAGGAUGAUAUCAUACAGUUCUACAAGGUGUUGUUGGCAAUUGAUGCUCCCAGAAGACACAAGGUUUCAGUACAUGUCCUUGCAAGGGAAAUGGAUUCCUGCCCUGUUGUUGGAGAAUUUCCAUGCCAAAAUGACGUGAACUUGGCACCAGCACCAUUACUACCACAGCCAAGUGUGAUUGAAAAUAUGACAGAGUUCAAGCGCAGUCUGCCACUCUUUCCACUGGUGAAACCACAUAUCAAUUUCAUGGCUGCAAAACUGUGAAGAACCUCAAUGGAUGAAGAAAUGCAAAUGAUCAGCACUGAUGUGGUUUCAGGGGACUUCAUGAUGAACAAAAUUAUUAAAGACUGCUAGGAUAAAUGGUUCUGUCCAUUAUGAACGUCCCAAAUUCUUUCGUGGUUCAUUUGACAUUAGAUGUGUGUUAGGCAUAGAGAGUAUAGAAAAAUCAGUUGUGGUCAUGUGUCAUUUAUAUUACAGACAACCUGUUGAAAACCAAAAUCAACUGAAAACAAUAGUAAUAAUAAUAAUAACAACUUGUAGAUGCAGUAUAUUUUUGAAAUAGUGUACCCCUUCAAACUUUAAUUUUGAUAAAAUAAGCUUCUGGAGCAAACAAUUGCUUGAAAUAUCCUCAUUAUUCCUGAAAAACAAUCAACAACAUUUAGUAGCCCAAAAACAAUCUUCCUGGGAUCUGGAGGAGGGUGAGAAAAGAAUGGGAUGGGUUCAAUAAUUCUUCUUAAAAUAGAGUUUCACAUUUUUUGAAGUGUUGUGUUGAAUGUGACUUUUAAAAUUGAUCCUUAAUGCAAUCAACAUAACACGUUUUUUAUUUAAGUUUGGUGAAAACCAGUGGAGGGGGAAAAAAAGAUAAAUUGAUAACAUAGUAAUAAGUGAAAGAAUUGUCUUAAUGAAAAUAACUGAAGAUAUGGACAUGAUUUUAAUCUUUAUAUAUAAAUUUGGGGACAUUUUAUAUUAAAACUCGUGAAAUGCUGGAAACACUUCAACAGUCCAACAUACUUUUGUUGUCAAAAGUGUUGUCCUAGUAUUGUCUUGAUAAUAUCCUCUUCAGUUUUUCAGUAUUAUUCUGAAUUGUUUCCAUAUGAUGUAUGAGAUACUUUAUUUGGUGUCAUUUUUAUUUUCAGUUGCGCAUAGACUACAUGAGUUCUCCACCAGUACAAUUUGCCUUUCUUGUUAUUAGGUCUCAGUCAAGUACUUACUAGUGCAAAUAACUUUAAGCAUGAAUUAGUUCUUGACUGCAGAACAGAUGAAUGUCAAAUACAGGCCCUGUAAGGAAUCAGAUUUAUUUUUACAUCUCUUUGGGUCCUUUUGUCCUUCAAGAGGGCACUUGAGAUGGAGCAGUGCUGGUAUAGCAGUACUGGGUUAGCAGAAGUUAUGGCAAUGAUGUGCAGUUCAGGUUACAUCACAAAAUGUUCCUUUCUACUCCUUUUAAGAGGAUUGUAUGAAACCCAAGGAUCAAGAAUUAUGCUGAAAUAUUGUAUAGAUAUAUCAUAACUUGGUGAAGACUGGAGAUUGUAUUAACAUUUUACUAAGUCUACUGCCUUCUGCAGUAGUCUUCCACUUGAGACAGCAAAUCAGGGUAAACACCUCAAAUAGAAAAAGAUAAAGGAACAUCUUACUAACUUCUCUUACAAGUUUAAUGCAUAAAAUUGAUUGUAAUUGUUCAGACAGGAUAGAGGAUGCAAAGCACUCAAGACGUAAAAUCUGUUCGUAAUGAGCCCUUGCUAUAUCAGAGGUGUUAGUGAGAGUUUGCUUCCUACUAUAACCUAAAACUGAGGCCCUGACAUUAAAUGUGUCAUGUAUGUGUACAUCAGAGUCCUGGAAUAUUCAACGGGGGUGUUCUUGUCGUUGAGUCAAUGUUGUAGUAAUGCUGGCUUUGAAAGCAGUUAAAUGAAUGCUUUAAGGGCUUUAAGUUUUGUUUAUUUGAGUCUGUACUAGCUGAUUUUAAGGCUAACAGGACAUGUUUGAACAUCUCUUUAAUAAAUUUGAUGGUAGUCUGUGAUGUAACCUGUUGCCAGGAAAGUCUGCUAGCACUUUUUGUAGCCUGAGGUGAAAAAAAAAUCGGCCAUGGUAUAAGCAAAAACAGUACAGGUGUCUUUGUUCACCAUGUUUUUCGUGGAUCCUCCAUGUAAAAUGGACUUUUUACUCUUUUGCUUUUGUUUAUAGUUUUCUUCUAGUAAAAAUAUUUGUAUUAUAUAUAUAUAUUAAAACUUUUGACAGCAUAUUAUAAAAAUAUAUAUUUUGGGAAUUAGUGGUAUUUAAACAUACCACUCUUAUGGUGAAUAAAAUCAAAUUGCUUCUAUUAAAAAUGAAUAAAUAAAUAUUAGUGGAAGUACUAUGAACUCUAACAAAUGAUAUAUAUGAAUUGGAAUGGCAGUGUACUUAGCACAAGCUCACAAAUAACAUUUUCCCCAGGAAAAAUGUGGAAUUGUAAAGUUCUGUGACUGAAUGUGGAAAUACAUGGUUUUUCAACACCUCUUAAUUGCUUUUAAGUGUUCUCCAGCAUUUUAGAGUUUCUGAGUUUGAUAUAGCAGUAAAUUUUGAUAAACUCAGGCAUACUAAUGGGUUCAUCAUAAUGGACCCAAAGCUGCAGUGUCUACAAGCAAUAAAAAACUACCUAGGAUACACUGUAAUUCAAUUUUAGUGCUUGUUAAUUAGUUUAUGUAAGAAACCAUAAAUUAUUAUUACAUAACUGUAAUUUUUGCAAGUGCUAUUUUAAGCAGUUGAUGUGGAAUUGGGUGCAUGUGACACAGCCAGUAUGACAGAGUGCUAGAGUUAUUCUGUUUACAAUAAACAAUCUGAAUUUAA